GCACAAUGCGGUGCUGGCUUUCAAGAUGUUGGAGGAGUAUGUAUGGAUAUUGAUGAAUGCACUGAAAACAAUGUGCCAAUCUGUGGCAGUCAUAUGUGCUCCAAUACUAAUGGUUCCUAUGAGUGUAUCUGCAAUUCUGGCUAUGAAGUAGCUGAUGAUAAUCAGACUUGCAUUGAUAUUGAUGAAUGCAGUUCCAACUCAUCACUAUGUGGUGGGAAUACAUGUAUCAACACUGCUGGAUCAUAUCAGUGUAGCUGUAGACCAGGAUGCGUGAAUGAUCAAAAUGAUCCUCAAAUAUGCAUUGAUAUUGAUGAAUGUGCUGAUAAUUAUUGCAAUCAGAAUUGUGUUAAUCUUGAUUGCUCAAGUGGCAGGUAUGAGUGUUUAUGUAAUGCUGGCUAUCAACUAGCUCCUGAUAAUCAUACUUGUAUUGAUGUUGAUGAAUGCAGUUCCAACUCAUCACUAUGUG